ACGGGUUUUAGCAAAACCAUCGCUGUUAUCUUCUACUAUACUAUUUCUAUGGAGGUCAAUUUAGGAGAAAUACCCUUCGGCGUCGACUUUCAUCCCUCAAAUCCGCUUGCCGCCGUUGCUCUCAUCAACGGCGACCUGCACAUAUAUGGAUACAAUAGCAAUGAUUCCUCGCUUCAAAGGUUGCUGAAUGUUAAUGCACACAGUGAAUCAUGCAGAAGUGUUAGGUUCAUUAAUGGUGGACAAGCUGUUGCCACAGGUUCAAAGGAUUGCUCCAUUUUGGCCACAAAUGUGGAAACUGGUGCAACUAUUGCCCGUCUUGAAAAUGCUCAUGAGAAUGCAAUUUAUAAAUUGAUCAAUCUCACGGAGUCUACAAUUGCCUCUGGAGACGAUGAAGGCUGCAUUAAGGUAUGGGAUACCAGGCAACGUUCCUGCUGCAAUUCUUUCAAUGCACAUGAAGACUAUGUUUCAGAUAUGACUUUUGUAUCUGAGUCCAUGAAACUGCUAGGAACAAGUGGAGAUGGGACUCUAUCUGUUUGCAAUCUUCGAUCAAAUAAAAUCCAAACUCGGUCUGAGUUUUCUGAGGAGGAGCUUACGUCUGUUGUUGUUAUGAAGAAUGAUCAUAAAGUCAUUUGUGGAUCACAAAGUGGAACUCUGCUGCUUUAUUCAUGGGGAUUUUUCAAGGAUUGCAGUGACCGUUUUGUUGAUCUCUCACCAAAUUCUGUUGAGGUUUUGCUGAAGCUUGAUGAAGAUAGGAUCAUUACAGGAUCAGAGAAUGGACUUAUCAGCCUUGUAGGAAUAUUGCCAAGUAGAAUCAUACAACCAAUUGCAGAGCAUUCAGAAUACCCAAUAGAGGGUCUUGCUUUUUCGCAUGACAGAAAAUUUCUUGGUAGUAUAUCACAUGAUCAGAUGCUGAAGUUGUGGGAUUUGGAUGACAUAUUGCAAUGCUCUAGCAAUAACCAAAAUAGUCAAGUAGCCAUGGCAGACAACGACAGUGAUGAGAUGGAUGUGGAUAAUAAUCCUCCUCAAUCUAAGAGAGGGACCAAGCCCAAAAAUGCAAGCAGUUCAAAUAAUUUCUUUGCAGAUCUAUAGAUGAAUUGUGAUAGCAGUUUACAGAAUUGUCUUUUGAAGAGAUGCGACGACGAUGUGACAAGGUCUUUGAUCUGUCUGAGAAGAAUGAUACCCUUAAAAAGAUCUUAAAUUGAUCUUCUUGGUUUUGUUUGUUGUAUAUAGGUAGAGGCCGCACUUUAUUUGCUAAAUGGUGGUAACUUGUUAUUCAACAAUUUUUAUAAAAAAUCAAAUUGGAAAAACGUAAAAAAAGCUAAACAUAAUUAAGCAUUUAGGGGGAU